AUGUCCCGCCCAGACCCAGCGAAGUCGGACUACGCCAAGAUGGGGAUGCAGCAAUCCAACUUCUUCAUUGUCGCACCUGUCUUUCAGCUGGUCUUCUCGCUGCCUGGGAUCAUUGGAGCCAUUGUUGCUGUGAAGCAGAACUCAUUCGUGCAGGAGCGCGUUAACACCAUUGCCUCCAUGAGCUUCGGCCCCCUUUACCUCGCGGUGAUUUUCAUGAAGGCCGGUUUGAUAUUCAUGCAGGCCAGCCUCGGCAACGCUCGGCGUGACAGCGGUGUGAACGUGCCGGACCAGCAUGCCUAUAAAGUGGUGGGCGGGAAUGCAGAUGGAUCUUUGGUCCUCAUGGAUGAUACAGAACCUUUCGGCCGCUUUAAUCGAGCGCAGCGUGCCGUGCAGAAUCACAUGGAGCAGGUCUUUCCAAUGGUUCUGGAGUUCUUGCUGGGUGGUUACGUGUUUCCAUGGACAACAGCUGCACUUGCGUCAGGCUGGGCUGCACUGCGUUGCUAUGGUGCCCUUCUGUACGCCGGCGACCGCCAAGCCAGGGUCAAGGGCAACAUCCCUGCCACCCUUUGCACGGGCUCCUUGGGUGGCCUCGUCGUCACCAUUGGCAUCUUCGCCUGCAUGAAAUAA